CAUAUUGCGUGAUAUGUUCUAUUGUCAACGGUGAACACACGAAAUGUUUGUGCCUCGACGAUUUUUACUCGCACAAUUCACUGUGCAUAAUAUCAAUGUAAAACAUCGUAUAAAGCGUACAGAGAAAUAGAGAACAUGUUGCUCGUAUCUAAUAGAAAGUCCAUAAAUGUGCUGUGAUAGCUAAGCAUAAGUAAUGAAGAAUAUUACCGAUGAUUAUACUGUGGUCGAAACUCUAAGGCGGGGCGGACUUUGUUAACCCGGUAUUAAACACGUGCGAUCAAUUGCCGUAGAAUGGUUCUGAUUUAGUUAAAUUAAAAAUGUAAAAUAUAUUAAAUGUAAACGGAAAUAUUAAAUGUUAAUAAUUUGCAUUAAUUGUAUUUUGGAAAUUUCUAUCAAUCAACAUGCCUGAAUUAACUGAACUUGACAAAGCUGCGAGCUCUGAACCUAGCAAGGUUGAAGCAACAGCAGCAGGAUCUGGUACUGAUUCAGACUCGGAUGACACCCUUCCAGAUUUGGAUGAUGGAGGUGCCGGUGGCACUGUGGGUUUCUCAGCGACAACUGUCACUGGUCUUCCCAUUGAUAUGGUUUCUAAGGCAAAACAAAGUCGAGGGGAGAAAAAAGCAAGAAAGCUUAUGAGCAAAUUAGGACUAAAACCUGUUCAAGGUGUUAACAGAGUAACUAUUCGUAAAUCAAAGAAUAUUCUCUUUGUAAUUAACAAACCAGAUGUACUGAAGAAUCCAGCAUCAGAUACUUACAUAGUAUUUGGUGAAGCGAAGAUUGAAGAUCUUAGUCAGCAAGCUCAGGUAGCAGCAGCUGAGAAAUUCAAAGAACCACCAGUUAUUCCAGCAACUGAAGCUGGUGGUAGUACUACGGUUGUCGCGCCGAUACAGGAAGAAUCGGAGGAAGAGGUCGAUGAAACGGGUGUUGAAGAAAAGGAUAUUGACUUAGUAAUGACUCAAGCUAAUGUAUCUCGAGGGAAGGCUAUUAAAGCUCUCAAAAAUAAUCAAAAUGAUAUUGUCAAUGCUAUUAUGGAAUUGACAAUGUGAUGAACCUGCUUAGAAAUAGGGUGCGCUACGUCGUAGCUCGCGUUGUGAGGUCAUUUAUUUUAUCAUCUGCAUCAUCAGGGAAAACAUCAUCCUUCUUUUUGUCUCAUUACAUUGAAUUGUUAAGCUCGAAUACCAGGAGAUCAGAGUUCGCACGGAGACCGUGAUGCUUGUCUCAAACAAAUCCACAUGUAUAUACAUAAUUCACAUGAAACAAAAUAAAUACACUAAGGUCACACUA